GACUUGUUGCUGCCUAGAAUUUCAGGACGUCCCGCAGCUCAGUUUUGGCCCAAUUCCAAGAGGAACUUGAUCGUAGCAGUUGGGAGUGGACUGCAGAGAAUGGAAGAGAUUUGGAGGGAUUUUGGAAUGAGAACAAGAUGAUUCCAGCAUAUUCGGAUCUUUGGGCCAUCUCGUAACUUUGCUUUUGUGAUGAAGAAAUAUUUAUCCGUUUGAAACCACUCAUGGAUGUAAUAUGGACAGUAACAUUGGUUAGUGCAGAGUGACCUUCCAUAGCUUAAGACCUGGUGACAAGACCUGCUUACAAGCGCUGAAGGACAGGAGGGAAGAGCUUGAGAGAAGCAGCUGUUGCUAAGUGAUGCACCGAAUUGACUGGAUCGCCCCACAGUGUAUGUACUGAUUGCUGUGAAAUGCUUACCUCAGUAUCGCUGGCUAAUGUGGAAAUGAAGUAAACUGAGAAAUCCGCGCAUUUUGGAAAGCAGGUCCUGAGCAGUGAGUGAAGUUUAUGCACUGAAGCCAACUCAGGCAAACUCAAGAUGGCUGCCAAGAGGAAAGGAGGCCUAAAGCUGAAUGCUAUCUGUGCCAAGUUGAGUCGGCAGGUUGACUACAACUUUGGGGCAGAGCAUACUGAGCCAGACCACAAACCUCAAGAGAACAAUAGCGCUGACGGGCUGCGUCAUGGUGACCAGGAGGGGGACACUGACUCUCCCGAUGGACUUCAGGACAUCCAAAAGUUGGAGGAGGACAAGAAAAGGCGGGAAGCGAUUGAAAAAUGGGUGAACGGGGAAUACACAGAUGAACAUGGGGAGCGCGGUGAAGAAAGGGUAAUAAAGGCUGGAGACGGCGAGUACAUUGCCCCUGAAGGGGUCUACAUGGUGCAGCCCAAAGGUUGUAGUGAUGAGGAGGACAAUGAUGGAGCUCAAGGCUCUCUCGAUGGCAGUUACAUGGAUGACAGAGACUCUGAGGAAGUGGGACUGAAGGAGGAAGGCUACAAUUCUUCCAGCGAGGCCAGUAUAAGACAAGCCAGUAUUGCCUCUUCAGGGGAGACAUCGACACUCCAUGACUAUGCAGCAACCACGAUGAAUGAAUUCCUGGGGAUGUUUGGCUACGAUGACCAGAAUGUCAGGGAUGAGCUGGCCAAGAAGAUCAGUUUUGACAAGUUGAACGCCACUACCUCAGAGACCUACCCAGCAGCCUCCCCGAGCGAGGACAGCUUAGCUCGGAGGGUGCGCAUUUCCAAAUACGAGGAAUACAUUCGGAAGCUCAAGGCAGGGGAGCACCUGCCCAGGCUGCUCCCGGUUCCCAAAGCUGAGGAUUCGAGCUCCCGGACACUUGGAGGGAAGGAUCCGGUCCCAGCUGGAGGCCAGUUCCCUGGGCAGGAAGCCCCCAUUCGCCACGACGCCAAGCCCACUGCCCCCACUGCCCCUUCCGGCUCCUCGGCCCAGGCACACGGCCUUCUCUCUCGCGCUUCCAAGUACGACUACUUCAUUCAGAAGCUGAAGAUCGGCGAAAGCAUCCGGCCCCAGAACGGCAACAGCUACAAGAGGCCAUCAAAGUACGACCUGGAAAAUGUGAAGUACCUGCACCUCUUCAAGCCGGGUGAGGGUGACCCGGACAUGGGGGGCGCCAUCGCCUUCAAAACUGGAAAGGUGGGCCGCCCAUCCAAGUACGACAUUAAAAACAUCCAGAAGCUGGCCAUGGGGAAGGCUCCCACCAACCCCGGCAUCACCCCUCUGUCGAGCAGCCCUUGUGCACUGGCCGCGAGUGUCGAAUCCACCGCCUCGGCUGGCUUUGGCAGCACCGACCUUCUGAAGUCCAGUUUCUCCAAGGCCGACUCCAUUACAACUGGAACUGUCUCGACAGUCAACCGCCUUUCCAAAGCUGAACCUUCGCUGGAUGACUCCGCGGGGAGACUGCCCAGUUCGAAUGUAUCUGCAGUAAACCGGAACGGACUGUCAUCAGAGAAGCCAGGUGCCAUGACUGAUGAUGCGAAUAUUUACCAAAAGUACAUUGCCAGGUUCUCUGGCAGUCAGCAAUGUGGACACAUUCACUGUGCCUAUCAGUACAGAGAGCACUACCACUGUCUGGAUCCUGAGUGCAAUUACCAGAGGUUUACCAGUAAACAGGAUGUGAUACGACACUACAACAUGCACAAGAAGAGAGAUAACUCCCUGCAACAUGGUUUCAUGCGCUUCAGCCCCUUGGAUGACUGCAGUGUCUACUACCAUGGCUGCCACCUUAAUGGAAAGAGCACGCACUACCAUUGCAUGCAGGUGGGUUGUACUAAGGUUUACACCAGUACGUCCGAUGUGAUGACCCAUGAAAACUUCCACAAGAAGAAUGCCCAGCUAAUCAACGAUGGCUUUCAGCGCUUUCGUGCAACGGAGGAUUGUGGGACUCUUGGCUGCCAGUUCUAUGGACAAAAGACCACACACUUCCACUGCAGGCGUCCUGGUUGUACUUUCACCUUCAAAAACAAGUGUGACAUCGAGAAGCACAAGAGUUACCACAUCAAGGAUGAUGCCUACGCCAAGGAUGGCUUCAAGAAGUUCUACAAAUACGAGGAGUGCAAGUAUGAGGGCUGUGUCUACAGCAAGGCCACGAACCACUUCCACUGUAUCCGGGUGGGCUGCGGCUUCACAUUCACUUCCACCAGUCAGAUGACCUCGCACAAGCGAAAACACGAACGCCGCCACAUCCGGAAUGCGGGAGGUCUCGGCCUAGCUUCUCAGCUGCUGGGCCGCAAGGAGAACGAACAGGAUGACUCCAGCAAUGAUGACCUGAUUGACUACUCAGCGAUAAGCAGCAAGAACUCAAGUCUGAGUGCAUCUCCGACAAGCCAACAAUCUUCGGUACCGAUGCUCCUCCCCACUCCCACCACAGAGAUCUCCUCGACCCAGGCCAUCAAGCCGACAAGUAGCGUCAUCCCAGUGACCAAAGUGUCGACGAUACUUCCGCAAACGCUGGCCAGCCCCAUCCCGGUCGCCUUGGCACUCUCCAAUGCUGGUCUCUCCAAUACGGGCCCCUUCUUCCCUAUCAUUCCCAACAGGGUCUCCAUGACCCUCCCCGUGACAGCAGCCAACCUGAUAUCCACCAUCUCCUCCAGCGUUCCCACCUUGCCAACGGAAUCACCUUCGCAAGUUGUCUCGGGGUCCAGCAACACAAUCCCCCUGUCUCCAGCUGCUGCAACCACCAUCAUGGAGAAGAUCACGGCCAGCAAAGGGCUCAUCUCCCCGAUGAUGGCCCGCCUUGCAGCUGCAGCUCUCAAACCAUCCAACCCAGCAGAUGUAGCAGGAAAUGAGCAGCAAACGCAGUUGAACCAGUUCAAUCUGGUCCCACUCAAGCAAGAGCCAAGUGACAUCACCAAGACCCAAUCUCAAGACUCAACACAGAAUCAGAGCCUUGAUCUCAGCUUGAAGGAGCACAGCACUGAAUCCAAUGGACAUGUGGAUUCGGGACAGACAUCCCUGUUAUCCUCAUUUCUCAAUAAGAUGUCCCAAAACAGCAGCGGACUGAGCAAUUUGCUGAACCUCAAGACAGAACCGGACUGUGCACAGUCUGAUGCAGAACAGAUGCCCUACAUGAAUAAAGCUUUGACCCCACAGAGACAGGAGAAACGACAGGAAUUCUGGGAGAAAUACCUGCGCAGAUUUACCACGGAAGAUUACUGUGAGACCCAGUGUGACUUCCUACACAAAACCCAUUUCCAUUGUGCAGUAGAAGAUUGUGGUGCCCUUUUCAGUACCUUGGAUGGAGCUGUUAAGCACGCCAACUUCCACUUUCGGGCAGACGGCGGGGCGGUGAAAGUGAAGUCGGAGCCUUCCCUGCCAACCACAAUUCCCGUCGAGAUCCGAGCAGCCGGGGCCGGGGCCGGGACCGGGACCGCGACCGCGGCCUUCUCCUCCGUCGCCAUGGUAACUGCCGCCGCCAUGUUGGCCUCCAGCGCGGGCCCUGCCGUUGUCACCGCCGCCCCGACGCUGCUCGCCUGGAAACAGCUGGCCGCCUCCAUGCCGCAGCUGCCCGCGUCCACACUGGCAACCUCCCCCUUGGCGACCACAUCCCUAGAGAACGCCAAGCCUCAGGUCAAACCGGGCUUCCUCCAGUUUCAAGAGAACGAUCCCUGUCUGGCGACUGAUUGCAAAUAUGCCAAUAAGUUCCACUUCCACUGUCUGUUUGGAAACUGCAAGUAUGUGUGCAAAACGUCAGGGAAGGCUGAAUCACAUUGUCUCGAUCACAUCAAUCCCAACAACAACCUUGUCAAUGUGCGUGACCAGUUCUCCUAUUACUCCCUACAGUGCCUCUGUCCAAAUCAGCAAUGUGAGUUCCGGAUGAGGGGACACUACCACUGUUUACGACCGUUUUGUAACUUUGUGACUAACAUCACCACGAAACUCCCCUGGCACAUCAAGAAACAUGAGAAAGCAGAAAGAAGAGCUGCAAAUGGAUUCAAGUACUUCACCAAACGAGAAGAAUGUAGCAGGCUAGGUUGUAAGUACAAUCAGGUGAACAGCCACUUCCACUGUAUCCGCGAGGGUUGCCAUUUUUCCUUCUUGCUGAAGCAUCAGAUGACAUCACAUUCCCGCAAGCACAUGAGAAGAAUGCUGGGUAAAAACUUUGACAAGAUUCCCAAUCAGGGUCCCAGGAGCGACGAUGCAUUGGGAAGCGUGGCUGUUGCUACCGGCUCCUCAGCAAUGAGUUCAACACCCAACAUGAUGGACACGGAAACAGACGAGUACAUGGACUACGCAGCGGGUACAAGCCCUGCAGGUCUGUCCUCGGAGUCCUCCGUGCCAGACCGAAGCUGCACGAGUACGCCCAUCGGAAAUGAAAGCAGUGCAGCUGGGAACACGAUUUCACUUCCAACUGCUUCUGGCGCGAAGAAAAGAUUCUGGAUCAUCGAAGACAUGUCUCCGUUUGGAAAGCGACGGAAGACAGCCUCUUCCCGGAAAAUGCUGGAUGAAGGAAUGAUGCUGGAGGGUUUCAAACGCUACGAUCUCUACGAAGACUGCAAAGACACCUCUUGCCAAUUCUCGCUGAAAGUCACCCACUACCACUGCACCCGGGAGAAUUGUGGCUACAAGUUCUGCGGCCGCACUCACAUGUACAAACACGCCCAGCAUCAUGACCGAGUGGACAACCUCGUUCUCGAUGACUUCAAACGCUUUAAGUCCUCGCUGAGGUGCUAUUUUGCGGACUGUCAGUUUUCUGGAAACAGUACCCACUUCCACUGCCUUCGGUGUGGUUUCCGCUGUACAGACAGCACCAAGGUGACUGCCCAUCGGAAACACCAUGGCAAGCAAGAUGUGAUCAGUGCUGCAGGCUUCUGCCAGUUCAGUUCAAGUGUGGACUGUGAAGUCCCUGACUGUAAAUACAAGCUGAAGUGCUCCCAUUUCCACUGCACCUACCCUGAGUGCAAACACACGGUGGUGGGCAUGUCACAGAUGGACUCUCACAAGCGCAAACACGAGAAGUUGGAACGUGGGGAAACGACAUCUGCCUCGCCCACCCGCGAUGCCAUGCACAGCACAGGCGCCACGACGGAGUAUGAUUCCCAGGGCUCCUCCCUCAACCUGGAUGGCUCCCUAAAUCUCAGCACCAAUGUCGACAGCUCCCUGUUCUUCCUCCGAAACCCUGCUGGCAUCGGAUUGAACGACUCGCUGGAUCUGAGCACAAAGCCCCACGAGGCCGUCUCGGUGGCUGGGACACUCCAGGAAGACCCCGCUGUCACAUCCGGAGAUGCAGAAGAUGAGAACGACAUGACACAGGAUGAAGAGCUCAAUGAAGAUGAUGAUCUCAACACGGACUCUGACAGCACCCAUGGUACCACACCCGAGAACAUGGACGAGAAAGACGACGCCACAGGGCUGUAG